AUGGCGAAGGUGGGUAGUGAAGGUCACUUGGACUCCGCGUCUUCGCCAGGCUUGUCCUCUGAUUCCACGCAACGUCAAGGCGCACCAAAAGCGGUGAGACGCUUACGGUUCGGAGGCAAUCCAUCGAUAAUUCACAGCGCCAUAUAUGGCACGGUCGCCGGAUUAAUAACGUACGGUGGAUACAUCUUGAUGCGAGCAGUCAAGCUGGACAACUGUAACACCGACUACCUCGCAAGGCAAAGCCGGUGGCGUCACUUCGAGAAGCAGCAGCUUUUCCAACGGGAAUUAAGCCAAAAGAUGAAUGCCCAUUUCGUCGCCAGCCUUGCCCAAGAGUAUGACCCCGUUGCCAUUCGCAGGCCUAAUUCACCGCUGUGA